AAGUCAAAAUAAAAUUGCAGAACUUCGAAAGAAGAGCCACUUCUUCAAACACUUAACAUCUAAUUCGUUUCCUCCUCCAUGUCAUGGCGACCGCCGCCGUCUCCUCCAACCAUCAGGAUACCCUCAUCAACCAACUUCACUCAGAAUCGCUUCCUCAAGUAGAUCUCCGCCUUCUCUCUCAAUCCGAACUCCUCUCCCUCUCCUUCUGCUGCUCCUCCUCCUCUUUAAACAACCACCGGCAAAUCGAAGCUGACGUGGCAACUCUCAAAAUCGAUCGCUCCGUUUUCAACGAAUCCGCCGGUAGUCGUAAGCAAACUUUCUAUAAACUCCGGUUAGCUCCUCGAAACAGUAACUCAGUUUUUUCUCCUUCCCCGUCUUCUUCAAUUAGACCUCACAAAAACUUUGAAGUGCCACUAGAUGAAGAUAAUUCAGAGAUUGUUGGCCUUCUCAGGUCUCUGUUUGGCUGUAAGUCUGAGUCAACUGAGAAUGAGAAGGAGAAUUGUAAUUCUGUUGAUAAUAGUAACCUAGUUUCCGAUGUUAACCUAAUGGCUGUUCCUAUUGCUUAUAAUGAAUCUUUUGAAGAAGCUUUAAAGAACUUAGAUGUGGCGAAAUAUGGCGAAGAAGCAAUGAAGCAAUCUGUUGCAACUGAUUCUACUAGUAGUAAUAAGAGGAAGAGAGGUAGACCACGAAUUAGUACUGUCAACGGUAAUGUGAAAGUCAAUGAGAAUGUUAUAGGGGAGCAGCAGAACCAGGUCUCGGUUGUUACUGAUUCUAAGAGGAAGCGAGGCAGGCCGCGAAAAGAUUCGAGCACUUUAGAUGUUACCAAUACUAUUAAUGUGAAUAUGAAUCAGGAGAGGCCGGUCAUUGUUGUCGAGAAGGAGGUAACUCUCGCUGAUACUGAUUCUUUGGCUAAAGAAAGCAGCAUGCUGAAAAAUUCUAGCAAUUUAGAUGCUGAUAAUGAUAAGAUGGGCGUGAAUGUGAAUGUGAAUGAGGACGUGCAAGUCGUUGUGGUAAUGAAUGAGGUUGAGAGUGGGAAGAAUGAGGUUGAGAGUGGGAAGAAUGAGGUUGAUAGUGGAAAAAAGGAGGUUGAUAGUGGAAAGAAGGAGGUUCAGAGUGUAAAGAAGGUGGUUGAGAAUGGAAAGAAGGUGGAGUCGGGUGGUGGCGUAGAGGAUUGGUAUGGUGGAGAGUUGAGGAAAAGGACAAUGGGUAUGCAGACGCAGGCAGAGGUGUUUGGGGCUUUAGAGGGACUGGAAGGAGAAUGGAUGAGCAAAAGGAAGAAGAGGAAAAUUGUUGAUGCAAGUCUGCUUGGGGACGCGUUACCAAGAGGCUGGAAGCUCAUGCUUUCUAAUAAGAGGAGAGCUAGUUAUUUCUGGUUGGAUUGUACUGGAUAUAUAAGCCCUAAUGGACAGCAGUUUAUGUCCUGCAAGGAAGUUUCGUCGUAUUUGCUUUCCAAAGAAGUUCAAGAUGCAAACCAAACAAGUUUUGGCCAUGUUGACGGUCACAUUCAGUCAACGAACGUAAUAUCUUUUGAAAAUGCUGCUGAUUCCACCAUUAAAUAUGACAAGAUUGGGGAUGAUCUUAUAUCUCGUUCAGCUUUGCCUGUUUCUGAUUCCGUUAAUCAUGAGAAGACACAAACAAGUUUUGGCCAUGUUGACGGCCACAUUCAGUCAACAAACAUAAUAUCUUUUGAAAAUGCUGCUGAUUCCACCAUUAAAUAUGACAAGAAUGGGGAUGAUCUUAUAUCCCGUUCAGCUUUGCCUGUUCCUGAUUCCGUUAAGCAUGAGAAGCCACCUACAACUCUGAUGGAAGGAAUUCCCAGCCAGGUCCAAACAAUAGAGAAAUAUAAAUGCCAUAAAUGCACCAUGGAGUACAAAGAAUCAGAUGAAUUGCUGCAACACUUGCUUUCAUUUCAUCGGAGGGAAUCAAAAAAGAUUAGGCAAGAAUCAUCCAUGCAUGAAGAGGCAAUAAUAAAAAAUGGAAAAUAUGAAUGCCAAUUUUGUCUAAAAACUUUUGAAGGAAGGCAUUGUUAUAACGUCCAUCUUGGUAAUCACAUCAAAGACUAUUUUAAGAGAUUUGAAGCUUCAGGUGGACUCACGAUUCAAAGGAGCACAGUAUCACCAGCAAUAGCUGUUCAUUCUAAUGUUCUGGAGAUGCAAGUAUCAAAUGAACUUAUUACAGGUUCUGUUGCUACACAUUCAUGCAAUCAAACUAAUGCUGAAAUAAGAUCUGAUGUUCCAAGUUGUGAAUUAAAAGAAAAUUCUAAGGUAGAAGAAUCUUCUUCGGCUAAGAAGGAUAUAGUUUUUAGCAUGACCAAUGAUUAUUCAAAGAAGAUUAAUGAAGCUACUGAAUUUGCUGCUGUUGAACUUAAUGUUUGCUCAGGUUAUGAGUCAGUCUUGUCAAAAAAUGAGAAUUCUUCUACUAGUAAGUUUUCCUAUGAAACGGCUAUUCGCAAGUCCAACAAUGACCAACUGAAGAACAUAGGCAACCAGGAAGAUUGUUCACAGAACUGCUUACUUGCUGCUGUUGAAAGGAGCCCAACAGGUGCAGCUCUCAACAAUGAGGAUCAGGCAAUCUCAAAUUCAAUAGAUAAACAUGACCCAGAGAGAGAAUUACCUGUUGUGAGUUUCAAAGAAAAUUCAUUGGGUGGUGAAAAUGUUAAUGAUAAACUUCUAUGCAGCACAAUAGAUGGCAUGAAAUUAGAUAAGAAGGGUUUUGGCAUGAAAGAAAAACUGAGAACUGUUUCCGGAUAUUCUGCACUCCAAAAGGGUGUUACUGCUAACAUGAAGGAGCAAAGAAGUUCGGAAGGGUCUUCAUUUGUUUCACGUGGCAGUGAGCGAAGAUAUAGUUCUUUGAAUAAUGUGGAUGGGCUUUCAACUUCCAUGGCAUUGGAGAUGACCCAUGAAAGAGGUUCAAAAGAGGAUUUAUCAUUAUUUUUAGAUCAGAAGACAUGUCUCUGGAAUGGUAAAGUGAACCAAGUUACUACUAGCUCAGUAGCUGAUUCUGGAUUUUAUGAACUGUGCAAGUCCAGGAAUGAUGUGCAAACAGUUGGUUGUAAUAACAACAGAACUUUAACAGUUGAGGAUACUGUGACUAGACGUGAACCAGAAAGUAGUUUAGAAAGCUGCGCUGUGACUGAAUCCUGGAAUGAGCAUUCUGGUUUGGCUAAAAAUGCUACAAAUGCGACUCCCAGAAGCUCAAGAAAGAAAUUCUGGCAAGAGAAGGAAUCUAACGGCAGCCAGCUCACCUUGUUUGGUGGUUCGCAGUCUUUUGGCUUUGAAAAUAAUGCAGUUAAGGUUCCUAAUUGUGGAUCAGGGUUCGCCAAUCAUGAUGAAGUUCAGUACUCUAAGAACAGAGGGUUUAGCAAAGGUGAUAAUCUAGCUGUGGGUUCUGGAGCUAAUGUUAAGCUGGAAAGAAAUGCUAACAAUUUUCUUCUUGGUCCAUCUAGUAAUGAGCGAACAUUUUCAAUGGAGGAUAAAGAAGUCUUAAUGGGCACAUCAGAUUACCUCCUACAGGAUAGAAAGUUCGAAGGACAAUCUUGCAAUGUGCAAAAACUUAAUAAUGAGAAUAAUGUGAAUAUGAUAUCUUUUCUUACAAUGGAUCAACGUAAAAAUAAGGAAGUUCAAAGCUCAUGUGCUGGUGAGCCACGCCUUGCUUUUCACCAUAGUCAUAUGCAACAGAAUGUUGAUAUUGGGAAAAACACAAUGGAAACAAAUUGUUUGAAGGGUUCCUCCCGUUUAAAUUAUGGUAAUCAACAGAAAUCUGUUAUGGAAGAUAAUAAAACUGGUCUGUAUAGCAGUACUCUGGAUGAGUUGAAAAGAGCUUCUAUAGAGAGCUUAUUUGGUCCCUCUUGUGGUGAGCAAGACUUCAAUGUUGAGAGUAACUUGAACAUGGGAUUGGCAGGCCAAUCUCAAGAGAAGCCCAAGUUGGAGGACAUAUAUCUCAGUAAGAAUGAACCAGCAAUUGGUUUUAGUAGUCAUCCUCAAGCUAGGGAGAAUGCUACAUGUGAAUUUAUGUGGAGAACUGAUGAAGACCUUCUUAGUAGUUUUGCCGAUACAUCAUCAGGCUGUUUUCCCACAUACGAUAUAAUGUCAGAUAAGGCCGAAAGCGACCUCUUCAGUGAGAAGUUUAGUGGCAUAUCAGGUUUUGAAGGGUUGAGAUCAGGAGGCAUGGAAAAUAUGGAAUAUAAUUUUAUGACUCCUCAUUUAGACAAGUCAAAAGCCUUCUCAUAUGGUGCUGAUAUAGGUGAAGGGCUCGACUCUUCUGUUUGGGUUGAGAAGCCUUUGUUACCAAAGACGACAAGCAGGCGUUAUGUUCGUACUUUUUGUGUCUGGUGCCGAAAUGAGUUCUGCUAUGAGACUUUUGAAUCUGAAGCUCAAGUAAGCUCUUCGGGACUUUCAUGUGCAGCCUGCAAGGCGAAGUUCUCAGGUCAAUUUAAUUUGUUGUAGACCAUAAGGGGCACAUGGCUCUCGUAUCUCUAAAUUUGGAUGGAGGAAAGCAGCUCCACAUGGGAUAAUGUAACCGGGGCGUGGGAUCUGUGAUUAGCAAGAGGCUGGUCUUGAAGGUCUGGUAUGGCUCCUUUGUCUAAUACUAAUUUUUGUGUUCCAUUUCUAUAUUAUCUUGUGAAGGGUCACACCUUUUGACAAUCACAAGACAGGAACAGAUAAAAACCUUUAUUGGAUGACUAAACUAAUUAAUAUGGAUAGCGUGCAUUGUAUGACCCUUGUUGGCUUUUCCAGCUCAUUAUUGUAGGUCAACUUUUAUUUUCUGCUGGUAGUAUUGCUGCUUUGCUUUAUUGUAUGUGCCUAGACAUUUGUGGCUUAGCAGUUGAAUCAAUUCGUCACUAUUUUUGUUUGUUA